AUGGAAUAUCUUGGACGUCGAUAUUAUAAACUUACUCGAAUCUUUACGUUGCCGUUCGGUCUGUGGCCGUUCAACGAUUCAUUCGCGAAGCCAAUACAAGCGUUUUUUUGUGUCUCUUUGCUCUUAUCUGCGAUAUUGGUUCAGGUUAUAAGAUUGUUUACAAUGGAGUACGAUCUCGUACUUAUAUUGACCGACGUGUCGUUCAUCAUUCCUUUCUCGGUUUAUCUCUUAAAAUACAACACGUUGUACAUAAAUUCUCGAAAGAUCAGGAAUAUCAUCAAAAUCAUAGAGAACAAUUGGAACAAAUUGAAAGACGAACGAGAAGUGGAGAUAGUGCGGAAGCACGCGAACGACGGAAAAAAAUUUAUGUAUUUCUUCGCGGGCUUGGCGUAUCCUGGAGUGGUUUGUUUUCUUGUAAUAGAGUUCUCGGCAGAUAUUCUCGAUUUUGUGGCGCCGCUUAACGAAUCUCGUCCGCGAAAUAUCCUAUUUGUAACCGAGUAUUUUGUCGAUCAGCAAAGAUACUUCUAUCUGAUAGUGUGUCAUAUGACUUUGGCUGCCACUAUAGGACUCGUGAGUGUCAUAACCGACGAGACGUUCUUCUUCGCGUAUAUUCAUUACAUCUGCGGGAUAUUUGAAGUCGUUGGGUAUAGAAUACAACAUUCGUUGAAUUGUGUGUCCGCGGCAAACAAGGAAAAGAUCAUUCGCAUGAAUAUAAUUGACGCUAUAGAAAGUCACAAAAAAAUCAUCGAGCUCUUUGAGUACGUGAUGGAAGCACACAAGCAAUCUUACUUUGUAUUAAUGAUUCUCGGCGUAGCUUCUUUGAGUGUUAAUUUAUUACGUUUUUUUCAAACUUUAACAAUAUCGGAUCAAAGAAAACAGUUAGUAAUUUAUAUGCUGUUUAUUAUCGGUCAUUUUUAUUAUAUGUUUAUACUGCAGUACAUGGGACAGAAAAUCACAAAUAGCAGCAUACAAGUUCACGUAAAAGCAUACGAUACGCAAUGGUACGCGGCGCCCGUGCAAAUACAAAAAUUGCUGUUGUUUAUAAUGCAAAGGAGCAUGAAAUCCUGCAAGUUUUUUUUGGGCUAUAUUUUUCCUGUGUCGCUGGAACACUUUACCACGCUCGCGAGCACGUCGGUAUCUUACUUUACAAUAAUUUACUCUGUGCAAGAGUGA